GAGCUGGAAUGUAGCCGCAGCUGGAGGCCUUGAUGUUGCCCCUGCUGCUGGGUUGCUAUGUACUGGCAACCCUUUACUCCGCAAGCGCCAACAAGCUGAGGAGCCAGGGAGGAGCUCGGGGUGCUUUGGCAGCGCUGCGCCGUGGAAGGUGUUGGACAAGAACAUGCAGAUCGGCAUUUUCCCCUAGAGGAGCGGAAUGCCCAUGCAGUAGCGGCCUGGUGCGCUUUGGCGAGGGCGACCGCUGGGUCGCGGCGAACCGCGCAGGGGCGCUGACCUGCAAUGUUUCGACCUUCGGGGAGGAUCCGGCCUUCAACCGCAUGAAGGAGUGCUGGUGUGCCGUGGGCGAGCGGCCCGCGCAGCCGGCGCGCACGGCGAUUGUCAUGCUGAGCCGGCAUCCUCCAGACCUGAAAACCUGGAUCAGGUAUCACUUGCAUCAUGCCGGGGUGGAGCACAUCUUCAUCAAGGCGGAGGAUUCGCCGCAGGUGGCGGAGCUGGUCCGGCAGCUGCCUGCGGCGGAUCAGGAGAAGGUUUCUGUGUGGGAAUCUUCGGCUGCAAGCCUUCUUGGAGUCGACUCGCGGCCCCCAGAUGACUACACCACCCUGCAGGCGCGGCAAACUGCGGUCAUGGCCAGAGCCAAGUCCGCCUGCGAAGAGAAGGGCAUUGACUGGCUCAUUCACAUUGAUGACGACGAGUUGCUGUACACUCCGCAGCAUCGAACCAUCGGGGACUUGCUGGCAGCAGUGCCCUCUGCUUUUCUACAGGCAUACCUGCCCAACGUCGAGGCUGUCUACAACUCACCCGAGGUGGAGAGCUGCUUCGAGCAGACCGACAAGGUCAAUCUGAACCGCUACACCUUUCAGUCCUAUGCCAAUGGCAAAUCUGCCGUCAGAGUGGCCGCAAAAGAGGUUCAUCCUGCUGGCCCACAUCUUUGGAGAGACUCCUUGAACCAAGAUCUGCAGUCAGUGCACCUGGACCAGGAGCCCUUCGGAGCUCCCAUCAUGGUGGUGCACUACGAAUCCUGCCCCUUCAGCAGGUGGCAGGACAAGUUCUGGGAGCUUGGCAACACGUCUCCGGAGAGCAUCAGUCGGAUCCCUUUCCCCUUCUACAGGAAGUCCAUUAGUCAGAUGCAGACCUGCAGGAGCGUUGGCAAGGACCAGUCCUUGUCCAGCCUUGGCUGCGAUCAAGCUUCGCUCAUGCAGCUUUGGAGCGAGUGGAAGACUGCAAGGAAUCCUGCUCUGAAGGAGGAGGACCUGAUGCCGAUCCACAUUCCUUGGGAAGACAUCAGGAACGCCUAACGCGCAGAAGUUCCCCGCGGGAGCA